AUGACGGCCGGUGCAACAGUGAUUGUGCCGUUUCAAAUGGUCUUUCAACCAGAUCCCUUCUUUGUGAUCAGUGUAUCCAGAGAGAAUAUCGUUGACGAUGCAAUGGUGGCGUUACUGUCCUCGAAAAGUAUCGACUUGAAGAAACCACUCAAGGUGAUGUUCCGUGGAGAAGAAGGAGAUGAUGCAGGCGGUGUAAAGAAAGAGUUCUUCAUGCUUCUUUUCCAAGAACUUCUUCAACCGACUUAUGGAAUGUUCGCCGAAGAUGAACAAUCGCAUCUGAUCUGGUUUUCGGGCAUAGAAACUGAUCAGUUGAGUUUCAAAUUGAUUGGUAUUCUGUGUGCAUUGGCCAUCUACAACAACGUCUUAGUGGAUUUUCCAUUUCCGUGUGCACUCUACAAAAAGAUUCUGCAACAACCGCUCACCCUCGAAGACCUCAGUGAACUGAGUCCUGCUGAAGGAAGAGUCCAUCAUGGCUUAGGUGAAAGAUUCGUAAAGGGAUUGAAUGAACUUGCGAAGUAA